AUGUCAUCCAAUCUUCUCACGAGUGGAAUUCACUCGUCUCUUUUCACGCUACCAUCUCUGGAAUACUUGUACCUCGAUGAUAACAAAUCCAGUGGUGAACUUGAGGAGUUCUCUAAUACAUCUUCAUCUGUUUUAGAGGGUUUGGAUUUGAGUGGCAAUGAAUUGAGUGGGGUGGUACCUAAAUCAAUCUUUCAACUUCCUAACCUCAUACAUCUAUUAUUGGGCUCUAACAAUUUUAAUGGCAGUGUUAAAAUUGAGAUGCUGAAGAAUCUCAAGAACUUGACAAUUUUAGAUCUCUCUGGCAUUAGUUUGACAGUUGAAGAAAAUGAUGAUACAAGCUUUGACUUGCCUCAGCUCCUGGAAUUGUAUCUACAUAAGUGCAAUUUAUCUGGCUUUCCUAUUUUCCUGAAGAGCUCACUACAGCUUACAUAUUUGGAUCUUGCAGAUAAUCACAUCCGAGGUUAUGUUCCUAGUUGGCUUGGGAACAACAGCAAUCUCAAGGUGUUGGACCUUUCUGGAAAUCCAAUACAUUUCCUUGAACCAUCUUCAGCUAUGGGAAAUAGUUCAUUCACAUCGCUAUACUCUCUAGACAUGCGUUCUUGCAACAUUUCUAAGUUUCCCAAGUUCUUGAAAGGCCUUGAUGCUUUAGAGAAUCUUGACCUUUCUGAUAAUAAGAUAGAAGGUGAAAUACCAAGCUGGAUAUGGAUGGAUAAACUUCAAUUUCUUAAUAUUUCUCACAAUCUAUUAUCUGAUCUUGAUGAAUUUCCUUCAAAUAUUUCAGCUUUAAAUGUGUUCUAUCUUUAUCUUCAUGGAAAUUGUAUCAAAGGAUCUCUUCAUUCAGGAAUAUGCAAUAUGAGCAACCUGCAAGUUCUUGAUGCAUCAGAUAAUAAUUUGAGUGGUUUGAUUCCGGAGUGCCUGCUCAAGCUGGAAAGUCUUUUAGUUUUGAACUUGCAAGGAAACAUAUACCAUCAAAUGCCUUCUAAUUUUACAUUAGCAGGAAAUCUUGUUACUCUUAAUAUCAACGGCAACCGAUUGAAAGGGAAGUUGCCAAGAUCACUAGCGAACUGCAAAAUGCUAGAGAUUCUUGAUUUAGGAAACAAUAUGAUAUCUGAUACUUUCCCAUUUUGGUUGGAAAAGCUCCUUUCACUCAAAGUUCUUAUCUUACGAAACAACAUGUUUUAUGGUCAGGUGGAGAUUCCGAGGACAAAGUUUGUGCUACCAAGCUUACGCAUAAUUGAUUGUUCCUCCAAUAAUUUCACAGGAAAGUUGUCUACAUAUUUCCUGCAGAGUUUGAGUGCAAUGGCUAUGGGUGAGGAACACAAAUCACUGUCCAGCCUCAUUGGAAAGCAUGAUAUAUACUAUCAUGAUUCAGUGACCAUCGUGAACAAAGGAUAUGAGAUGGUGUUGGUUAAGAUCUUGACAAUAUUUGUGUCUUUGGAUCUGUCAAACAACAAGUUCCAUGGUAAUAUUCCGGAAGAGAUUGGUGAACUAAAAUCAUUGGUUGUGCUCAACCUGUCACAAAAUGUGUUUGAUGGGCGAAUUCCAAUAUCAUUGGGAGAGUUAUCUCAACUUGAAUCUUUAGAUUUCUCAAAGAAUAAAUUCUCAGAAACGAUUCCUCAACAACUCACUAGUCUAACAUUCCUGGAAGUAUUGAACAUGUCUUACAACCAACUAGCCGGACGCAUUCCUUUGGGUAACCAAUUCAAUACUUUCACGAAUAGUUCAUACAUUGGAAAUACAGGAUUGUGUGGAAUCCCACUCUCAAGGAAAUGCAAUGAAGAUGACGUUGCACCGGUAGCACAGGAUGAUGAGAGCUUGGAAAGUGAAGAAGUGAUGUUUGAUUGGAGGUUUGCCGUUGCUGGAUGUGGUUUUGGAUUGUUUGUUGGAUUAACAAUCGGUUUCUCAUUCUUGGCCGAAUGGAUUAUUAAGUGGCUCGUAAGGCCGAAAAAGAAUAAGCAGCAACAACGAAGAAGAAAGCACAGUUAA